GUUUACGUUUUUCUUUGUACUCGUGGAAAGUGUUUAAAAUUAAAAUAUGAAUAGUUUAAAUGUCUGACAGUUUAGUAUUAUGGCACAAAGUAAUUCGUGUAAAAUUAAAGGAAGUAGCCACGUUAAUCCUGCAUUUCGGCACGAACAAUUAUCCGAUAAUUCAGAAUCGAGUGAAGAACUGUCAUCAGAUUCUUUCAGUGAUGGUGCAUAUGAAUUGGAGUGGUCUGAAAAAAUUGGAUCAAAAGGAAAUUUAUUUUAUGUUGAAGCAAUUCAGAAUAAUAAAAAAACUACUCUAGAUGCUGGGGCAUCAGCUGAUUCUGAAAAUGCAAAUUCUAUAGAAACUCAUCAUCAUUUAAAACCUAGACCAGUUAAUAAACUGAAAAAAUGGGUAAAAAAGCAAAAAUAUAAAUCUGAAGAACAAACUCAUAAAAAUCAUUUUCAAAGACCAGUUUCAAUGCCAAAAGUUACAUUUAGAGGAUCUCCAAAUGGUGAAACAAAAGAAGUAUUACUAGAUGUCGAUCCUAGAAGACAUAAUUAUGGUCGAAGAGCUACUUUAUGUGAAGUAUUGUUUGGAAUAAUCCCAGGACACUUCCAUCAACUUGAUAAUAGAAAUAGUUCUGCCAUAGAAGAUGAUAGAAUAAUGGUUCAAGGUUUUACGCCUGAUGGAGAGGCCAUUAAAAAUGGAAAAAUAAAAAUAGGUGACUGGUUGAAGAGUGUUGAUGAUAUUGAAGUAAACAUGAAUACAAUUGGAGAAAUUCUUUCAACUAUAACUACUGCUCAAAAGGUAAGACUAAUUACAUACACCAGAAAAAUCAUUAGUACUAUUUAUUUACUUAUUUUAAUUAAAAAUUUUAUCUUUAUUUUUAAUUAUAAUUUGCAGGAAGACUAUAAUCCACUUGUCAAACAGUUAAGUGGAGAUAGAUGUACCAUGGAAGAAAUUAAUUUAACUUAUUGUCAUAUUCCUCAUAUUAUUUUAUAUUUAACAAUUGGAAGUGAUAAUGAUUCUUUGGCUAAAGAGGAUGGUGUUCUCUACAAAUUUCCUGAAGAAGAUAGUACUCUGUUAUCUCUGAAAGGAAUGUUCAUCACAUUAAAUCAUAUGAUAGCAGAUGUUACAUCAUCUCCACCACUUAAUUCUACUCUUAUGAUAGAUGAACAAUUAGUACAUGUUGGAUAUGUUAGAGAAGGAAGGGAGGUGAUGGUUCUUGCAUUACCUGAUACUUGUAUAAGUUCAUCAGAAAUUCAAUGUGUAUCAAAUGAUUUAGGAAGAUUUAUUCGUAUUCAGUAUCAUAUGUUAGGAAAAGCAUUUGGAGAUCAUGAAAACAAAGAGUCAUUAGAUCAUUUUUUUUCAUUGUUUUUUCAUUAUCAUCUUUCUCGAGCCUCUCAGAAUUAUAAACCAUUGAGAGAUGAAUCCAUCUUUACUGAUACUUUACCCUGUGCACAUUCUUUUCAUUUUACUGCAGAAAUUGAGACUCAAAUAGAUACAACAUUAAAUGAGUUAGAAUCUGCUGAUUUUGAUGACAUGUCUGAAGCUUAUUAUAAUACUCAAAGAUUGUAUACAAUUCUUGGAUCCUGUGCUUUUUAUAAGGGUUAUUUGUUAGCUAAUCACUUACCAAAGGAAGAUUUCUUAGAUAUCUUUUUGUACACCAAAUUGUAUCAGCUUCUCAAUCUUACAGCCCAAGAACAACUAUCUCAAGUUAUAAUUUGGAGAGAAAUAUUUCCGACACGUCGCUACAACGAUAAUGAUAAUCAAAAAAAUAAUGACCGAGGUUAUAGAGAACCAGAUGGAAGAUGGUUUCUUUUAAUUGUGGCAUUGAAUCACACUUUACUUGGAAUAAUAUUAGAAGCAGGAGGAUGCAGUUUACAAGCAAAAGGUCAUCCAGCACCUGAUCCAUUUUAUGUUGAUCAAGCUCAGAAUACUGUAUUGCAGUUAGAAUCAUUAGGAAUUAUAGCACACAUUGAAAAAUUUUUGGAAUCUGAAUCCUGUCCACAGAUUUGUUAUGCAGAUUGGUUUGGUUCAAAAAAUAAAUUCUCAAAAAGAAACUUUGGAACAUUUAGUAAAACAUCUCAACCACUUAAAUCUACAAAUCAGAAAACAUUGAGUCAGUCUAAUUUAUUGAAUAUUUCUUUUUCUUCAAGUCCUGGAACAGGUACAAGAAAAAUGCCAGAAAUCACAUCUAUUCUUAAAAAGAAAACAAGUACUGAUGGGGAAAGGCAACAAUUGUUAUCUACAGUUGGACAAGGAGAUGCUGAUUCAGAUGCUGAAACUACUCAUUCACCUGGAACUAGUGAUGAAAUGACACCAAUAUUAGGACGGAGGGGAAAAACAGAGAGCAGUAGUCAUACAUCGGCAAGUUCUGAUGCUGAUUCAAGAACAAGUAGUGAAGGAGCAAUAUAUAGGAGUCAAAAGUCUCACAGAAUCUUCCCUAAUAAUUAUGAUUUAAGUAGUAUUAAAAAAAGUUUAGAAGAAGCAGAAGAAGAAAUCACAGCAUCAGGUCCAAUAAAGUUGGUUGCCGGAAAGGAAAAUACUCUGUUUCAUUACAUAAAUGUUGACAUCGCAAAUGGUAUAUUUAUUGCACCUACUGAUCAUGUCAACAAAUGGAAUCUAGGUCCCAUACAUACAGAAAUAAUAAAUAACUUUCACCGAUGCUGCCUUCAGAUACGUAAACUCUUUCAGGCCACUCUUAAACAAAAAGAAAUAUCAAAGAAUAGAGAGUCUGCAAAGUUUGGUCUAAGUACAUUGACUUCAGUAAAAGAGCAUGGUGUUCUUUUUCAUUUCACUCCUCCAACCAACAAUAAUCCAAAAAAAUCUCCUUCGACAGUAGCUUAUUGGGUUGUGGGACGUCUUUUCUUUACUCCAAAUCCACAUGAAGUAUAUGUGUGCUUCCAUGAUUCCGCAUCUCAGAACGUUGUAGAAUUAGCUUUUCGUCUGGGAUUUGGAAUGACAAGUUGAAAUUUCAAUUGUACAUUUUCUGUAAAGAAAGUUUUUCGAACAUCAAUUAUUUUUUUUAUAAAAUAAUGUAUAUGAUUAGGUGAAACAGUUUAAUAUGAUGUUUAUGGUGUGAUCAUCAAUCAUUCAUAGUUAAUUUUGUAUUCUUUUUUUUUUCCUUUUAAAUAAGGAAAAAGAAUUUCACAAUUUGUAGAUGAUCAUCAAUUUUCA